AUGGGAUGUGUUUCAGGAGCUGAAAUCAAACAGAAUCCAAUAGUUUAAAUGAGAACUAGAAACUAGGAUCUAGUCUUCACCUCUACAGAAGAUAUUUCUAGAAUUUAUUAGUUUGGCAAAGUACUUGGAGUGGGUUCAUUUGGAAAAGUCGUUACCGCUAGAAUGAUAAAAAAUUUGGAAAAACAAUUCGCUAUCAAAAUCAUAGAAAAAGCAAAGGUCAAAGGUCGUGAAGAUAUACUGGCUAAUGAGAUUUACAUGCUCUAGAAACUAGAUCAUCCUAAUAUAAUUAAAUUUCAUGAAGUUUACUAAAACAAAUAAAAUUUUUACAUCUGUAUGGAUUAUUGUAAAGGGGGAGAAUUAGUUGAAUGGAUUCCUAAAAAGUACAAAAGCUUUCAUGAACAGCAUAUUCAAGAGAUAAUGAAAAAGGUUAAAAAACAUUAUCAUUAUUAAUUAGAUUGUCUCUGCUGUUUCCUAUAUCCAUGAUCAAGGCAUAGUGCAUAGAGAUAUCAAAGCUGAAAACAUUAUGAUUACGUCCAAAAAAGAUGAUGGAGAACCUAAAUUGAUUGAUUUCGGACUGGCAAAUAAGUUUGAUACUUCUCAUUUAAAGUAUCAUUUAUAAAACAUUUAAUUCAGGCGACUGAAAUCUUUUGCAGGAACCCCUAUGUACAUGGCACCUGAAGUAAUAAAGGGAUCAUAUGAUGAAAAAUGUGAUAUUUGGUCAUUGGGAGUUCUACUGUUUACAUUACUUUCUGGUCAUUUGCCAUUUCAUGGAGAAACAAAGGAGGAAUUAUAUGACAAUAUUUAAAAAGCCAAUGUAUGACUUAUAUCAUAUAUAAUAGAUUUCAUUUACUUCAACCAUUUGGUCCCACAUAAGUAAUGAGGCUAAGGACAUCAUUAAAAAAAUGCUUUCCAAAUAACCUGGGUUAAGACCCAACUCUAAGGAACUUCUAAAGCACAGUUGGUUCAAAAAAUAAUUCAAGUCGGAAGAUAAAAAUUCAUCAAUAUUAAAUAAUUCUCUCACUUCAAGCAUAACUGAAAAUAGAUCGAUUUAUUCAUUAUUAAAAUAAAAUUAAGGAGGAGCUAAAUUUAAAAAAGAAGUAAAAACUCUUUUAAUCAAUUAAUUAAGUGAGGCAGAAUUAAAUUCAUUAAAAGAAAUAUUUAAGAAAAUAGAUGUUGAUAAUUCUGGGACUAUUACUUUUUAAGAGUUGAAGUAGGCUUUACAAGCUGAAGUAUGAUUUCUUUGUAUUAUCUCUUUAGGGUUCUCCAGCAACCUUUGAAGAUAUAGAGAAGUUAAUAACUAAUGGUGGUCCUCCGAUAUCACAUGAGGAAGUUGGAAAAAAGAAAAAGGAGUUUAUCAUUAAAUAUAGUGAAUUUUUGGCUUCUUGUAUAGAUGAACGGAAGUUCAUUACUAAAGAGAAAGUAAUACGCAAUCUUAUUCAUAGUUAUCUUCCUUAUUUAAAAUAUUUGAUACUGAUAAUUCAAAUUUUAUUACUAAAUAAAAUAUUAAAGAAGCAUUUGCAAGAAAUGGAAAGUAAAUUUCUGAUAAACAAAUUGAUGAAAUGAUUGCUGAAAUCGAUCCUAAUCAUGACAACAAAAUUAGCUUUGAAGAAUUUUGUUAGAUGUUUGACAAUUCAGGUGUAAAUAAAAACUUCACUGAGGAUGGAAGUAUGUAUGCAUGA